CGCUUACAUAAACCGAUGUCCCUCGUGACUCUCGUGCGUCUCAGAGCACGCCCUUCGAUUCAGGCGCAGGUCCUGCGUGAUGUCUGGCUAUGAUGACUCAGGUGCAGGCCCCAGUCGAACAGGAGGCCUUGUUUUAGAACUGUCUGCCAAUUACCAACCACCCAAGAAGAAGAAACGCGUCAAGCAUGAUACGGUUUAUUCCCAACCCCUUGACACUGGGAUAGGAAAGAAUGCGAAUACGCAGCUGUUCUUUGUCCUUGGCACGCUGAAGAAACGGAAUGGGCCUAUGAGCCUUCGGGAUUUAUCUAUAAUGACAAAUAAUAUAUUAGAAACGGAUCCUACUUUGCUUGAACGCUUCGAAGCCCACGAGAAUGUAGUCAAGAAUCCAACGAACGGCUUGUACACCUAUAGACAAGAGCAACAACAUGAAUCUUUUGCUUCAAGAGAUGAAUUACUCAAAGAAAUAAAGUCCCACUCACGGCGGGGCGGAGGUUUAUCGUUCAACCACUUGAAGACAACAUGGAAUGGGGCACCCACUGUGGUAGAAGAGCUUGAGAACGAAGGCCUUAUACUUGUCACCAGAUCAAGUAAAGAUGGCCAGCCGAAAAUGGUUUUCUGGAACGAUAUCCCUCCGCAGGAGGGAGGAAAGCAGAUCGAGUCUGAAUUCCAACAGAUGUGGCAAAGCCUCAAAUGGCCCGCCGAGGGUGAUUUGGAAAGAGUCCUGACGUCUAUGAAUCGAACCGUGGCACAGACCAGUGGAACGGCAGCAUUGGCAUCGAACAAGAACUCAAAAAGCAAGAAGUCGAAGAACACUACUCGAGUUAGGCAUGUCAAGAUCCAAAAUACCCAUCUUGCCAACAUCGACCUCACAAAAGACUACACUCCGCCAUCUACAACGGGUUCAUAGACGUCCCCGU